CUCGAUUCGUGUUCCCCAUAAGAAUUCAAAGCAUUUAUCUUCCCCCGUUUUCCACAGUAACUUUCCCGCCUGAAUUCCCCCCUUUCUGCCCUCUCUCUAAUCCCCAUAACCACCCGAUACGCUUGAGAAAAUUAGGGCACCACACCAUUUCAGCUGAAACUCAAUUUCAAUGAUUUGAACUCGGACCCAGUAAGUUCCAUCUCCGGCGGGUCGACAAAAAUGGGUAUCCAGGGACUACUGCCAUUGUUGAAAUCUAUAAUGUUGCCCGUUCACGCCAAGGACUUAGAGGGUUGCUGCGUUGCCGUGGACACAUACUCUUGGCUCCACAAGGGCGCUCUCUCUUGCAGCAGAGAGCUCUGUAAAGGCAUUCCCACUUCUAAGCACAUUAACUAUUGCAUGCAUAGAGUAAACUUGCUACGUCAUUAUGGUGUUAAGCCUAUUCUGGUGUUUGAUGGAGGUUUUUUGCCAAUGAAGGGUGACCAAGAGUCUAAACGUGCAAGGGUAAGGAAGGAAAGCCUGUCUCGGGCUAUUGAGCAUGAGUCUAAUGGAAAUCAGACUGCUGCUUAUGAAUGUUACCAAAAGGCUGUUGACAUAUCACCUUCAGUGGCUUAUGACCUGAUACAGGUGUUAAAACAGGAAUGUGUGCAGUAUGUUGUGGCACCAUAUGAGGCAGAUGCCGAAAUGACAUUACUGGCUGUCACCAAACAGGUCGAUGCAGUUAUAACAGAGGACUCAGAUUUGAUUGCCUUUGGUUGUCCUAGAAUCAUAUACAAAAUGGACAAGUAUGGGCAAGGAGUUGAAUUCCAGUUUUCCAUGCUGCAACAGAACAAGGAGUUAAACUUUACGGGUUUCACAAAGCAGAUGGUUCUUGAGAUGUGCAUAUUGAGUGGUUGUGACUAUUUACAGUCUUUGCCUGGGAUGGGUCUAAAAAAAGCUCAUGCAUUGAUGAAAAAGUUCAGAAGUUAUGACAAGGUAAUUAAACACUUGAGGUAUAGUACUGUUGCAGUACCUCCUUUUUAUGAAGAAUCUUUCAAGAAAGCAAUCAUGACUUUCCUGCAUCAAAGGGUUUAUGAUCCUGUUUCUGAAGAAUUAGUUCACUUGUCUGAGGUUCCUGCCGGUGGUGAUGAAGAUCUUGAGUUCCUAGGCCCAGUGCUUACCCCAGAAGUAGCUAAAGGCAUAGCAAGGGGUGAGCUUGAUCCUCUAACUAAAAUGCCGUUUCAGAAAGAUAUUGAUGGCACUACCUGGAAUUAUACACAAUCUAAUCAACAGAAGAUUUUCAAGCCUGAAGUUCAAAGGAAUAAGCCUGAUUUGCCUGCACAAAAGAAUCUCCUAACCAAGUAUUUUUGUAUUGCUUCGAUUGAAGCUAAACAAGAAUUCAGAGCUCCAUGGGUUGUACCUAUCCAUCUGAAUCCAGAGGAUGGAUCACCUAGUGCAUUGCUGGAUUCUUUCACUGAAGAUGAUUCUUGUGAAUUAGGGAGCUCAUCAGUGUCCCCACCUGUUCGUGAAGACGAAAACAAUGUGGAUGAUAUUGCCAGUGCAACAGGGGAUUGUCAUUUGGAGUCAACUAGUAAUGGAAUUCGUGAGGAGUUAGUCUCAGAUGAUCAAGGAAUGCAUAAUCAAACUCCAUUUCGACAUUCAAUCUGCAAACCCUGUGUUCUGUUGCAUAAGGAUAGGGCUUCAAGCCGUUCGAAAAGCAAGACAAUAAUAACUGAGAAUGGGAAAGUAGUUGUAAGAAGUUCCUAUUUUUUGCCUAAGAAGACUGAGAAGGAAAAUAUCAGUGAUGAGUCCGCCAAUGAUAUAUGCAAGAGCACUACUUCUGCUGAAGAAUGCCCUUCUGCUUCAGUGGCCAUUGACGCGAAGACGAAAACAGUUAACCCAAUAACCACAUUGAAGAGUUUUGAAUUCCAGUGUGAUUCCACAGAGGAAAAAUAUAAUAGUAAAAUGAAAUCAGAAAAAAAGAAAAUUGUGAGAAGCAGAAAUAGCUUAGAAGAUGCCAUUGCUGCUGAGGUUGAUGAAACUGUGAAGCCUGAGAGUUCCUUGCGCUAUAAUGAAGGAACUUUAACUAAACAAAAGGACACUGAAAAAGAACUAAAAGCUAGUUGUAAUACCUUCGGCGAUUCUUCUCCAAAAGAUCAUUGUAAGUCUAAUUUUGCUGAAGAAUGCCCUUCUGCUUCAGUGGCCAUUGAAGGGAAGAUGAAAACAGUUGAUCCAAUAACCACAUUGAGGAGUUUCGAGUUUCAGCAUACUUCCGCUGAGGAAAAAAAUAAUAGUAAAAUGAAAUCAGAAAAAAGGAAAGUUGUGAGAAGCUCAUAUUUUCAGCAGCAGGUUUCAUCAAACGGAAAUAGUAUAGAAGAUGCCAUUGCUGCUGAGGUUGAUGAAACCUCUGAGAAUUGCUUACGCCAUAGUGAAGGGAAUUUAAGGAAACGAAAGGUUGCAUUCAACAAUGCUAAUGAAAAAGAUACUGUAAAAGGACUAAAAGCUAGUCGUAAUACCUUUGGUGAUUCUUCUUCAAACAAUAAAUUUGAUCCUGCAUUUGACAAUUAUGAUUCUACUGGGGAAGUCAAAGCUGAUAAUAUGAAGUUUGGUUCUGAUGUAUCUCAUUUGGGAAAAUACGGUGAAAUAUCUGAAAAAUCAGUGGAGAAAUUUGUUUCAGUAAUCUCUUCAUUUAAGUUCACCUCAAAUGGUUCCCGUGCCAGCGGUCUUCGUGCCCCACUGAAAGACAUCAGGAAUGUAAGCAAAAGCAGGGAAAUGGAUCUCGACAGAUUUGUGUAUCUGCCAACUAAGCAGAAGCCAUAUUCAGCUCGCCGCAAAACCUAAACUUGAUGCAUUGGAGUGUUGUAUGCAACAUGAAUUCAAUCCAGAAGAGUUCCUUUGAUCAAAUGUUGUCAGUUUGAUAAGUUCAUGUUUCACUUUCAACCUUGAAAGGCGGCUUGAUCACCAAGUGCAUCACUUGAUUUGUGCCAGUGGUUCUACCUCAACAAGUGUAUCAUGUUCUUCUAUAAUCAUUAUAUUUUGGAUACGAGUUUAGGUGUAUUUCAAAAUAUGGAUGCUUGUGUGUUUCCCAUAUUCAACUUGAAAAUUUUGUUCGAUUUCAUUUUUGUCGAAUACAAUAACAGAAAUAUGUAAGUUACAUGUUUUUCUUUGGCUGAUGCAGUGUUACAUAUAUUAUA